ACAACUCAAACUGUCAAAUCCAGUUGUGAUGUGUCGUCGAACUUAUAAUUCAAAAAAUUCGAUUCUUAAUACUAAAGUAAAAUAUCUGAAAUUUUAUACCUUAAUUAGAUGUAUCAUAAACAUAAUUCCGUAAAUAAUUGCGAGAGAAGUAUUGCACCAUGGAGGCCCUUUAUUUCCAAACCAAUAGCCUGAUUCAAGAAACCCAGCAAUGUUUCCAACAGCUCAGUGGUGUACGUGUCGACUCCGUCACGGUGGAAGCGGAUAUCCAAACUAAGCUAGCAGCGAUUAAUGCUAACUGUGAUCGUUUAGACGUGCUGCUAUACAAAGUUCCGGUUGCCCAACGCCCGAACGCUAAGAUGCGGGUAGACCAACUCAAAUACGACGUACGACAUCUGCAAGCCGCCCUGAAGCUAUACCAAGACAAAAGAGCUCGCAAAGAAGUGGAACUGGCGGAGCGGGAGAGCCUUCUGAACAAACGCUUUACGGCCAAUUCGGAAACGUCAAUUGAUAUCGAUUACUCGCUGCAGCACCACAACUCGAUGCAGAACGCCCAUCGAGGGGUGGACGAAAUGCUGUGGACCGGAUCGAACAUACUGGACGGGCUGCGGAACCAGAGGGAAACGCUAAAAGGGGCCAGGAAACGGAUACUGGAUGUCGGCAAUACGCUGGGACUUUCGAAUCAAACAAUGAAGAUGAUCGAGCGGAGGCUUGUUGAGGACAAGAACGUAAUGAUCGGAGGAAUGAUUGUGACACUGUUGAUUAUCGUACUGGUUAUUUACUUUUUUGUAUUUUAAAAUAAUUGCUCGAGAUGACUUUAAUACAUUCUGUAAGACA